ACAGUGCCCGUCCACGCUUCCGGCGAAGGACGCCUCAGUGCACAAACACACCCCGGAGCGCGAUCCUCGUUCUCCACAGCACUUUCCGAUCACCUCGAGACUGACCUCGUCUCGUCGCCAGUCCUGCGGUUGCACCUAAUUUACACAGAAGUUUUCCAGAACAGAACGACGGGUGGCUGUGGUGUUGGUUUCGCCAGAGAGCGUCAAAGAUAGUUACCAACGGACACUGUGACGACGGAUACGCGCAUUUCCGUGGCGAGAAAGCGGUAAGGAUGAAACCAGCUGACUUAGGGCGGUGAAGGCGGAUACAUCCAACUGGUUUCGCAGCACUAAACGAGGUGCGACUAGGCUGAGACGAUGGCGCCGCCCCCGCGGCGGUACUCGGCGGCGGCGACGGCGGCGCGCAUCGCGGCCGCCUUCGGGCCGGGCAUGGCGUACAUCCUGCUGGUGCGGCUCACCAUCCAGCUGUCCAGGCCCGACAUCACCGACUCGUGGCAGCGGCCGCAGGACGUGCGCGUGCCGCGUGACAGCUACGACGUGGUGGUGGUGGGCGGCGGGUCGGCGGGGGCCACGCUGGCGGCGCGCCUCUCCGAGGUGCAGGGCUGGCGGGUGCUUCUGCUGGAGGCGGGCGGCGACGAACCGCCGCUCGCCGACGUGCCGCUCAUGUUCCCCGCGCUGCAGCUGUCGCCGCUGGACUGGAGGUUCCAGACAGAGCCGUCGGGCGAGUACUGCCUGGCGAUGCGCGGCUCCCGCUGCAACUGGCCGCGCGGCCGCGUGCUGGGCGGCUCCAGCGCGCUCAACGCCAUGCUGUACGUGCGGGGCAACCGGCGCGACUACGACCGCUGGGCGCAGCUGGGCAACCCGGGCUGGAGCUACGACGAGGUGCUGCCGUACUUCAAGAAGACGGAGGGCGUGCGCAUCGCGGCGCUGCGGGACUCGCCCUACCACGGCAGCCGGGGCCCGCUGACGGUGGAGGAGUUCCGCUACCACACGCCCAUGCUGGAGGCGUUCCUGGAGGCGGGCCGCGAGAUGGGCUACGGCGACACGGACGUGAACGGCGCGCGCCAGACCGGCUUCACCAGGGCGCACGGCACGCUGCGCGACGGCCUGCGCUGCUCCCUGGCCAAGGCCUUCCUCAGGUGCCAUAGACACAACUUGGACAUUAGUAUGCAUUCCCAUGUUGUGAAAAUAUUGAUAAACCCAGAAACCAAGGCUGCCUACGGAGUCACGUACAGGAAGAACGGCGCGCUGCGCACGGCGAAGGCGACUCGCGAGGUGGUGGUGAGCGCGGGCGCGCUGCACUCGCCGCAGCUGCUGGCGCUCAGCGGCGUAGCGGACGCCGGCCAGCUGCGCCGCCUGCGCAUCCCGCCGCUGGUGCACGCGCCUGGCGUCGGCCGCAACCUGCAGGACCACGUGUGCCUGGCCGGCACGGUGUUCACGAUGCACCCGCCGGCCGGCCAGUACCCCGUGGGGCCCGCCUUCGUCGUCCCGCGCAUCCUCACGCUGUCCGCCCUCAUCAACUUCGCCGUCAACAACAGCGGCCCCUUCUACGCACUGCCCGAGUGCGAGGCCAUGGCCUUCAUCAGCACCAAGUACUCGAACGCCUCCACCGACUGGCCGGACGUGCAGCUGUUCCUGGCGUCGUACGGCGACAACACCGACGGCGGGCUGUUCGGCAAGCGCGCGGCCGGCCUGCACGACGACGUGUACGCGGCGGUGUUCGAGCCGGUGCUGUACCGCGACAGCUACUCCGUGCUGCCGCUGGUCCUGCGGCCGCGCUCCAGGGGCGCCGUGACGCUGCGCUCCAGGGACCCGCUCCAGCUGCCGCGCGUCGUGCCCAACUACUUCCAGGACCCGCACGACCUCCGCGUCCUCGUGGAGGGAAUGAAGUUCGCGGUGGCGCUGAGCAAGACGAAGGUGAUGCGCCGGCUGGGCGCCAGGGUGAACGAGCGGCCGCUGCCCGGCUGCGAGGGCUCGGGCGCCUUCGGCUCGGACGAGUACUGGGAGUGCGCUGCGCGCCACUACACGCAGACCAUCUACCACCCGGUGGGCACGUGCAAGAUGGGCCCCGCCUCCGACCCGGAGGCCGUCGUCGACCACCGCCUGCGCGUCUACGGCGUCCGGCGGCUGCGCGUCGUCGACGCCUCGAUCAUGCCCUACAUCGUCAGCGGCAACACCAACGCGCCCACCGUCAUGAUCGCCGAGAAGGCCGCCGACAUGAUCAAGGAGGACUGGGGAGAGCUCCACGACGGAGAGUGGUCCCACGAAGAGGAGCGCACCUGGGACGUCGACGGCAGCGUCCAGAGACAGAAGCGGUUCUCCCAGGAGUUUCAGUCCAAGGAUGCACAAGAGACAAACUGGAGCCAACAAGUAGACUCCCAGUGGCCCGUCAAACAGUUCCCGAGUCCGCAAUCUGAAGAAAUGGACGGGAUCCGUCAACUAGACCCUACCUCUUCUUCUAAGGAUCAUCAACCCCCGAUCACUGAAGUGGGCUGGUCGCAUCGUGAUGAAAAUAUUAAAUCUCAGGUUUCUCGUGACAGGAACUGGAGCGAACUGUAUAAGAACAAGGGUGUUUACGGCGACUUCAAAGGGCGCGAUGAUACACAAGUCCAGGAUAGCUAUUCUGAAAAGCAGCAGCACAGCGCAAUUGAACCACCAGGCACUGAUGAGGAAGAUGAGGGCUACAAACUGGAACAGCAAUGGAUCUCCAGCGCCUACCAACCUCUUAAAUUCGAACAGAACAGUAACAAGCACGAAACGGAUAAUGAGUUGACAUCCGAUGUUCUACAGCCAGCAGAAAUUCAUCAGAAAGCUCAAAGACAGGGUGCGAAAGAAAGAAUAUGGCCCUCUUAUACCAUGGGUCCAAAGGUCAUCAAAAGCAAGGAGCAGAGCUUACAAAAGAAGUGGUCUUUGGAUGCAGCAGUGCUUCCAGAAUUAAUGAGAGACCCGAAGCCUGAAAAUAUUGAACAUUUCGUUCCUCCAGACCAGACCAACGUAAAAUCUAUAGUUAAAAGUUCAAAUGCCUUCUCUGGACAAAAUGAGAAGAUUGGAACCACAUGGCUCUCUGAAGAAACACGUAAGCCAGAGAUUGAGAGGAACGAUUUCUACGACGCCAGUCGACAGAAGUCGCCCGGCGAGAAACGUAAGCAACUAGGCGACGUGUCUAAAAGGAAAUGGACUUCUCAGUAUCAGAAGGCUUUGGUCUCCAAACAGAGGAAGGAGGGAGAGAAAACGAAAAACAUGUGGCUGGCAGAAGAAACUCAGAGCACCAUUAUGGGACAAAAGAACUGGAAUCGGCAAACAGCAACCAAACUGUUUUCGGAGGGGUCUGAACAACAAGUUCCCGAAGAUCUUUCGUGGACAGACAGUUUCGUAAAGCCGUACUCUGGUAAUCUUAAGUACUUCGUCUCUGAACGAAAUGGUAAGACCACUACGAUGUGGUUAUCAGAAAAAAUGCAACCAGCUAUCGUUGAAGAAAUGGGAUAGAGAGAUAAAAUGUCAUUAGCCAACUGAAACGCUUCGUCACUACGAUAAAGUUUGGAACAGCAACGAUUGAAAUACAUUGCUUAAUGCGGCAGCACGUGCCUCACUCACUAUAUCGAUUACUUUGUUAUGAGAUUUUUCCGUCAAAGAAACAUUAAAGAACAUUAGGCUUUGGUGAUUAAAGACAAUGAAUAGACUGCACCGAAGUGUAGUUAUAAUGAAAUGAUCAAAAGGAACGAGUGGAGAGAUGGUACUGAAGAUGCACUCGUUCACUGAGGAGUCAAACAGCUUUUUUCUUCGUGGUGUGUUCUUUAGAAUGAAGUGACUAAACAGAAUUGGUAUCAGACUCCAGUUCAAUCGAUACCCAUUGAGUAAACCAUUCAGUAAGCAUCCUGAGAAACCGUUACUGUGGAUCACGUAAUGGUAUAAGCCGCAUUUAAAGAACUUCGCUAGCAGAAAAGUCGACGAAUUUUACUAAUCAAAACUCAAAGUUCAUGACACUGAAAGAAAAAGCAGAAUAACACUGGAGCCUGGGAAACAGUACACCUCAGCUAUAGAGGCAGGACAGCUUUGGAUAAGGAGCCGUGCAAUGAACUCCAACCUCUGUUUUCUUUUGAUAGCGCGGGUAGGUGUUUAUGCACAUACGUACGCUUCGUGGAACUGCAGACCAUCAGUUGAAGGUCAACGGCCCUUAACAGACAAUGAUGAACUUUGUUACUUUGUCGUGAGAACACAGCGAACGGCGUCAAUGCAGCGUGAAAUAGUAUAGUGCAUAUAAUAGUGUUAUUUAAGAAAAGUGCAAAGACGGAUAAAUGGUGUAAUUUAUACAGAGACAGCGUGUCGCCAUAUACUACGAUCCGUGAAACUGUGCUUUGAUAAACAGAUUGUGUACCAAAAGUUCACACGUAUCGUUCCACAAAAUCAAAUGUGUUCCAAAAAACUCGCCGGUGCACUAGAAUGUAUUCCUUCUAGUCUUAUAGGAAACGAGUUAGUGCUUACACGUCACAAGUGAGGUCUGUGCGCGUCCAUCCCCUGCGAGCAGCGAGUUAGCCGUGCCGUUUACCCUGGCACGCCUCGAGAACUGAUACUUGCGGGAAGUUGAGGGUUUCCCUCGCUCCCUGAGACGUACUGCCUGGAUCCGAGAACCAGUGGCGCACACUGUGUCAUACUGUCACCAGUGUGCUGUACUCGAGUGUUCUCGAGAUAGAGACGGUAACUUUGAGUAUUCAUUUACCGCUUCAGCUUGGAGAUCUUCUUUGCUCUGCGAAAUAGGACAAGUGCCCGCAGAGGACAUCAUUCUCACAGAACGAUGUUACGCUAAAGCCUCUCCUAAGAGAAGUGGAAUAUUGGUGCGUUUUCAUGCAACAGAAUAAACGUUAGUGACAAUUCAGAGCUAUAUAAAACAGUACGCGAGAAGUUUUCUACGAACGCCGUUGUCAGUAAUAUACAAACUGUUCUAUUUAUAAUUUCCUAUUUGUUUCAGCAUCUGAAAGUAAUUGUACAAAACGCUUCUUAUUCAAAAUUGUCUGUCUCUUUUGUGAUCACCUUAGCUGUCAGCUUCUUUUAUAAACAAGGAAAAAUCUCCUCUGUUCGAUGCCACUGACUCUUCAUAGCUAUUAACCCGUAGUACGCUUUGGGAAAUUUAAGGCUGAGUGGAUACAUGCUACGCAUUUGAUGCUGUUACAGCCUGUCACUUCGAUAAUCUCAAUACUGGAACUCUGCGCAACACUCACUCGGGUUUUGUAUGUCAUGCUUCAGUUCCAUACAGAUUUAGUUCCUCGGAAACCGUCAAUUAAGCACAUACCUUAGCGCUUGUUCAGCGACACACGAAGAUCACUAAUAACCUUUUACGGCUAACGAUUUCUUCAUUUAACGACUCAAACUUCUAGAACGUGUACUUCCUACUUUCUAUGUAAAAGUUCCGUGGCAGUUUUCUUCUUAGGAACAACAGUCCUUCAUACUUUGUUGGUACUGCAGCUCAGACCUUGACAACAGUACAAAUCCCUUAGAGUACAAACAGAGUGUUGUGGUAAUGCAUCUUUAUUAGUUUCUCUACAAGAUAAUUACGUAAGAAUGUAAACGUUCGACGCCGAUAUUUAAAGAGAAUGUGUUACAUUUCAGUACGCAAAAACUCGACAUAUAAACAGCUAAAUGACUUACGUCACACUUGUAUUUAAAAGCAAUAGCAUUGGUUAGUGAUUUGUCUAAUGAUGUAAAAACUUAUUUCGUUGAUAAAAAGACAUGAUGAUUUUUUAAAUCUCGCUGUGCGAAAAGAUUGUUGUCAAAUAAAGAGUUCGCUUUGUUGUACCUACUUACGAC